ACGAGCAGCUACUAGCUAAGAAGCUAGCAGUGGAUAUAACUUGUCUGCAACAAACUUUUGUUUGUAAACAGCAUUUUCUGAGUAACGCCAGUAGCCCCUUGAAAUGGAUUUAGAAGAUGACAUCACCGUGUUAACAACUUUAAAGUCAUUUAACACCUUUAUCAGUCGCCCCGAACAUCCACAGCGGCUGUCGGAGCACUCGGCGGGGAGUGGGUUCCUGCAAAGUCAAUACAAACGCAACAUGGAGCUGGUAGAUGCAGCAGAGAGGGUUCACACUCAGCACCGCUACCUACAAUUAGACCAAGAAAAGAAACGGAUGGAACUGAGUCACAAACGAGCCCGUUUUGAACUAGAGAAGGCAGCUUCUGACAGUGCACGAGACUUGGAGCAUGAAGUGGAUCGAAAUCAAGAACUUUUGGGGCGAAUUAAGAAGUUUGAGGAGAGGGAGGCAGAAGCGACAAAAAACUUGUCUGAGCAGGUGGAGGCAAACCAGGCUCUCCGCAAGAACCUGGAGGUUGUGAACAAAAAGCUGGAGGAGCGAGAUACUAAAUUGAGUUCAGCCAACCAGACCAUCUCUUGUUUGAAGGAUGAUAUCAGAGAGCUGAGACUGAAGAUUCAAAACCAAGACUCGACAAUUUCUGCCCAAACACUGGAAAACCAGGAACUACAGGAGCAACUUGAUUUGCAACGCAGGAAGUAUCAGGAAGUCUCACAGCUUUGCCAAAGUCUCCAAGCCACUCAGUCUUCCUGCUCACAGCAUGUGAUCAAGAUUAAGGACUUGGAAAGACGUCUGGUCCUUCAGGAGCAAGACAUUGUUAUUGUGAAAAGCGUGAAGUCAGAGGUGGCCAGAGUUCCUGAUCUGGAGAAAGAAGUAAAGCGUCUCAGGGAUGACAACACUUUUCUCAGGGAGGGUAGAGAGAAUUGCAGCUUGUUGAAGGAGGAGGUGGAAGGAUUAAGGAGGAAAUUGGAGAGGAUGGAGAAAACUAAAGAAGAACUGGUCAAUAUGGAACUGGAGAAAGAGAGGCUGGCUGAGAAGCUGCAGGCCUGGGAAAACCUUGGACAAUCCACUGGACUCAACAUAAGGAAACCAGAGGAUCUGUCCAGGGAGGUGAUUCAGAUCCAGCAGAGAGAAAUUGCUCUGAAAGAGCAGAACUAUGCACUCAGCAGCCGUCUGAGGAGUCUGGAGCGUUUGCAGUCGGAACUUGGUGCAGAACUGACCCAGCAGAGCGGCAAGACUCUGGAGGAGCAGAAAAAGAGAGAGGCCCAGGAUUGUCUCGUCCGUCGACUCCAGAGACGAGUGCUGUUGUUAACCAAGGAACGUGAUGGUAUGCGGGCCAUAUUGGAGUCCUAUGACAAUGAGCUGGCUUCUGCUGAAUAUUCUCCUCAACUCAGCAGGCGGCUCAGAGAGGCAGAGGACAUACUGCAGAAAACUCAGAACCACAAUACAGAGAUGGAGGCUCAGUUGACCAAAGCUCAAGAUGAGGCAGGAGCCCUCAAACUACAACUACAAAGAGUGGAACUGGAGCUGGAGACUAUUAAGAAGCAGCAGGCUUCAGCUGCUGACAGCUGCUCUUUAGUGACCAAAGAAGAGGUCAACAUACUUAGACAGAAAAUUGAAGAUUUAGAGCAGGAACGACAGUGUUUGGAGGAAAAGAAUAACGUUCUGGAGAUGAGACUGGAGAGACACAACCUGCAGGGAGACUACGAUCCACUCAAGACCCGAGUUAUGCACCUAAAAAUCAACCCCACCUCAGCUGCUAAGCAACAGCGCCAGCAGGAAGUGGAGUCUCUUCAGGAGGAAGUUGCAAGGCUCAGGGAACUUGUGCGUUCCUUGCAAGAUGGAGGCAUGGUGGGCCUUUCACAUGAUGACUCCAGUAUGAAAAAUCCUAGUCUCAGCUUCAGUUUACCUCCAUCAAAGGAAGUACUGGAUUUGCGUAAGCAGAUGGAGAGCUCAGAGUUGAGGAACCAGAGGCUAAAGGAGGUGUUUCAAAAAAAAAUUCAAGAGUUUCGUACAGUCUGCUACGUCCUAACUGGUUACCAGAUCGAUAUAACAAUAGAAAACCAAUACAGGCUCACCUCAGUCUACGCAGAACACAUGGAGGACUCUUUGCUCUUCAAAAAGGGCUCGAAUGGAUCCAUGCAACUUAUGGAAACGGAGUUCUCCAAAACUCUUGGAGAGAUGGUGGCCCUCCAUCUGCAUCACCAGAAGAGCAUCCCAGCCUUCCUCGCCGCCGUGACCCUUGACCUCUUCAGCCGACAAACCACAGUCUGAAAUUCUUUGACAUCUAAUACCCAGGUGCACCGAUAGAACUUGGGUUUAGUUUAAGUUUUUUUUUGUUACUAAUUCAAUUUUUUUUUUUUAACAGCUCUGACAUCUAGAUUAAGUGAUGUAUUGUGAAGAAUGAGUACAUUGUUGGGUAA